AUGUCUGGCACGAAGCGAAAGCAGUACUUGGAGCCUGGAAAUGAAUUUGUGCUACCGAAAGCAACUGCCUGGCGCAAGCAAAUGAAGAAAAACAACGAUGGAACUGCGGAGGAAACCGAUGAACCCCAAAAAAAAAAGACUCAGCCUCCUUACACGGUGAUGGCAACAACAGACGUGCAAGGCCAACUGUUGGAUGAAAACUGUGACUGCCCUGCUGGAGGUGUGGCGUGCAACCACCUGAUGGCGCUGCUUCGGACCGUAGCACUUUUGCAGGCCAAAGGCUUCAGCGAGUUAGUAGACUGGAGAUGUGUGAGGGAGGGCGGCCAGGACACCCCACUUAUGUCCCGCCUCUAUGAGAGCAGGGUGGCUCCCCGAAGCCAGGAGCAGCAAGAAGCUUCUACGAGGAAGUUUGCGGAAACACUCCUCAGCCUUGGCAGCUGUACUGACUUUGCAGCAGCUUUGCUUCAAGUGCAAGACAAGACCUCGAAGGACACGAAGUUCGGCCCUGCACUGGCUGUUGCACCGCUGGCGUACCAGCAGCCUGUCUUCCCCCAUGGACUCAAGGUCAUCACCAAUAUCCCCCAGUGCGCAAGCCACCCCUACCAAGCCCCACGAGAAUGCCAGUUCUUCCGCGGAAGGGAACUAUGGGAGAUUCCCCUUCCGUUCCUGGGAAACGAGAUUUUGGAGAGCCUGCAGCUAACAGCACAGCAGGCGAGAGACCUCGAGAGGAAUACGAGGCAGCAGUCAAGGAGUCCCACGUGGUGUAAAAAGCGCAAGCUGCGGUUGACAGCAUCCCACUUCGGCACAGCCUUCCGAAGGACAGUGUGGACUGACAAGGGUCUGGAUGCCCUCGUCACCCCAAAAGACAUAUCAAAAGUUCCUGCUGUCAGGCACGGCAUCAUCAACGAGCCGGUCGCUGCAAGGUUUUACGAAGAUGUCCUAAAAGGAUUGGGGCACCAAGUUACAGUCAGCGGCUGUGGACUUUUUGUUGACCCGGAAGCUCCAUGGCUUGGAGCAUCACCGGACAGGAUUGUGUAUGAUCCCGCCGAAGACCCUCCUCAUGGCAUCAUGGAGAUAAAGUGCCCUUCGUCUCUCUGGCUGAAGACUACGGACGAGCUCGAGCACUUGGAAUUCUGCUCUAAAGUGGACCAGGACCAGUCAAAGCUGAAGGACAACCACCCCCAUCACUUCCAAGUUCUUGGACAAAUGGCUGUUUCCGGGCUACAGUGGGGGGACUUCAUUGUCUACGCAAAGCACUUCAUACUCAUCGAGAGAAUAAGGUUCAAUGCGGGCGAAUGGGCGAGCGUGAGUGCAAAGCUCGAAGACUUUUACUUCAACGUGCUGCUGCCUCACCUGGAGUGCAGCAGGUAG